CGACAACCUUUUCCAAUCCGCAUUCAACCUCGACAAAAUCACAAAAAUGCCGAGCCACCGCAUGAGCAAGGUGCAGAAGCACAUAACCAAGAAGAAGGGCAAAAAUGUCGCUCUUCACGAGAACAGCCGGGAUACACGCCGCCUGCAAAGUGCUGCUCAACGUGACGACAAGAUCAAUCGCCUGUCUGCGGUAAGAGAAAAGCAGAAUCGCCCGUACCUCCUUCGCAUUAAAUCAUUUCAAUCAUAUACCAUGGAGCAUGCAUCUCCACUGUCCAUACCGGAAGUACAGGCCAUGAUUGACGACUUCCUUGGUCGCGAUGAUGAAGAGUUGGCGACAUUGAAGGCAGAGCGUCGUCCCGGAAGACCGCCUUCGACACGCGAAACUCUGUUGAAGCAGAACCAGGCCAUGGAGCAAGGCGAGUACGCCUCUGGCUUCUGGGUGCCUGACCUUGAGGACGCCGAGAAUCUGAAGCAGCUAAAGAAAUGGAAUGGCGAGUGGUCAGGUCUCCCCACGCUUAAGUUUGCCCGCAUUUCCAAAGACGGAGUUAAAAGAGAGUCAAGCUUUCCUCCCAAAGGGCUCUCGUGAGCGGCAUCAGCAACGCUUCCAAAUCGAAACAUGGCUUUAUGGCGUCCUUACGUUAUACAGUGCGUAGUUUAGAAUACUGAACAUAUCUUGACGAGAUAUAUCAGCGGUCACUGGAGGUAGCGAAACUCCGCCAUGCGAUCGUCGCAGUGGCUAUUUCAGACAACCCAACAUGGAGCGCAGGCAUCUACAUACUUUUUUAGAGUAAAGUGGCACCAAAAGCGAAGAGAAGGAAUGCGCAAGCCUCAAGCCGUGUUAGAGCAUUGCCGAACGUCUGGUCGAACCUGCGAGCUAGUUUUCUUGGGGUGGCAAUGGAAGAGCGAACGAUAGGUCGCAGCAGACCUCAAACGUAGCAACGCUGAGCAACAGUACGAAACCUAAUUGGAAUACAUCAUUGC